AUGCGAAAGUGCGCUGUCCCAUGACAGGCGCCGCUGGCCGCUGGCCGCGGCCUACAAGUAACGCGGCCCGGGCUCGCGGUUCGACGCAGCGAGGCGAAAAGGUUCGCCAGGUGUUGUCAGCUUGCUGCUCCCUCCCCCAGCCAGUUCCACGUUGUUCCCGAACUCUCCAUCGCCUCGUUAAUACCAGCCCCCGGCCCUAGCUUCCGCAACGCAGAACCCACUCUUCAAUUCCACCGAGUAAAUAAUUUUUUGCGAGUGUAGCGAACGGCCGCAAGGGGGAGGGAUCUGGAGUAGUGUGCGCGCGUGGGUGGUGUAUCGUGGUCGGCGGCGAUGGACCAGGUUCAGCGGAAUAGCAGCAACCUGAGGUCCUACGGGCCGGCCAAGUCGCUGUCGAGGUCGGGAGAGCUGCCCGUACUGGCUGACCAAGGCGAGCGGCGGGAGGUGGUUGUGAAGAUCGAUGCGAACGGAAACGUUCCCGGCGCAGAUGGCGGCGCCGGGCCGGCGGCGGGGAAUGGGAGAAACUCGGCCGGGAGCACGCCGCGGGCGGCGGCGAGCGGGGCCAGCCCGCCGCGAUCGCCGGCCAAGGUAUGGCGCGACGGGAGCUACGAGUUCUGGAAGGAUGAGGGUGGCGGCGCCGGAAGAGUGGGAGGCGGCGGUGCUGGGCGCCGUGGCGAGGACUUCAGCUUUAAGAACCGGCCGCCGCAGCCGUCGCAGGCGUCGUCCCCUUCGCUCUCGCCGCAGCAGGCGGUGGAGGGCGGCGGCGAGGACCCGCCCACGCGCCUCAUCGGGAACUUCCUCCGGAAGCAGCGGGCGUCCGGGGCCGAGCUCUCGCUGGACCUCGACCCGGAGAUGGAGGACCUCGGGAGGUCGCCGCAGCUGUCCGUAUCCAACUCCCGUGAACGGGAGGCGCGGGUCUCGUUCAAGGAGCGCCAGAAGCGCGCCUCCUCCUCGUCCUCUUCUUCCGACUCCGAUGACGGCGGCAGCCGUAGGCGCGCCGCCGAUGACGGCGAGGUGAUACGCUGCGCCACCACUUCCACUGCUGCGGGAGCGGGACCAUUGCUGCGAGCCAAGACGCGCUCCCGGCUCAUGGACCCGCCGCCGCAGUCCCCACAGGCUCCUGUCGCGGACGAGGAGCGGAAGUCGUCCGCCCGGCCUCCCAGGUCUGGUCAAUUUCUUUCUGGCCGUAUGGCCGAAAAGCCCGGCCAGUCUCCUUCGGGCCGUAUGGGCGGCAAGUCCGGCCAGUUUCCUUCGGGCCGUAUGGGCGGAAAGUCUGGCCAGAUGAGCAAGUCGGGGACCAUGGACGAGGAGGAAGACGACCCAUUCAUAGACGAAGACAUCCCAGACGACUUCAAGCGUGGGAAGUUGGACGCUCUCACCAUCCUGCAGUGGGUUAGCUUGGUUCUCAUCAUCGGGGCAUUGGUGUGCAGCCUCACCAUACCCAUCUUAUCCCGGAAGAAGGUCUGGGAACUGCACCUCUGGAAGUGGGAGCUCCUCGUGUUUGUGCUAAUAUGCGGUCGUCUCGUCUCUGGCUGGGUUAUCCGGAUUGCUGUCUUCUGUGUGGAACGCAAUUUUGUGCUGCGGAAGCGCGUGCUCUACUUUGUGUAUGGCGUGCGCGGCGCCGUGCAGAACUCUCUUUGGCUCGGCCUGGUUCUUGCCUCUUGGCACUUCUUGUUUGAUGAGAACGUCCAACGGGAGACAAACACGCCGGUGCUGCCCUAUGUGACCAAGGUACUUUUCUGCCUCCUCGUCGCCACACUCAUCCGCCUUGUCAAGACGCUGCUGCUCAAGGUGCUGGCCUCGUCCUUCCAUGUCUCCACCUACUUUGAUCGGAUCCAAGAGGCAUUGUUCAACCAAUAUGUCAUUGAGACACUCUCUGGGCCGCAACUAGUCGACGAAGACUACGUGCUUGCUGAGGUGUGCGAGCUCCAACGUGCAGGGGCAGUCAUCCCCAAAGAGCUCCGUGCCGCAAUGCCGACCAAGAACCUAUUGCCGCAAAGGAGCAUUCGGAUAUCUGGUCUAAUUUCCAAGGGAGGUAGCAAGCAGCUGUCCAAGGAGAAAAAAGAGCGUGAGAUUGAUGAAGGGAUCACCAUUGACAAGCUCCAUAGGCUCAAUCAGAAAAAUGUGUCAGCCUGGAACAUGAAGAGGCUGAUGAAGAUCGUUCGGUUUGGGACACUCACGACAAUGGAUGAGCAGAUACAGCAGGCUACAGGAGAGGGUGAUGAGUCAGCGACACAGAUCCGCAGUGAAUAUGAGGCACAGAUUGCUGCCAAGAAAAUAUUUAAUAAUGUAGCAAAGCCAGGAUCCAAGUACAUAUACUUGGCAGACUUGAUGCGCUUCAUGAGGCAGGAGGAAGCCAUCAAAGCUAUGCAUCUUUUUGAAGGAGCACAGGAGCACUGUAGGGUCAGCAAGAGGUCUCUCAAGAACUGGGUGGUGACUGCAUUUAGAGAGCGCAAAGCUCUUGCCUUAACACUUAAUGAUACAAAAACUGCAGUUAACAAGCUCAACCAGAUGACCAAUAUUAUCGUUGGAGUUAUCGUGUUUGCUCUCUGGCUACUUAUUCUUGGCAUAGCGACAACACAUUUCUUUGUCUUCCUGAGCUCACAGCUUCUUGUGGCAGUUUUUGUAUUUGGGAAUACUAUGAAGACAAUUUUUGAGGCAAUUAUUUUCUUAUUCGUGAUGCAUCCUUUUGAUGUCGGUGACCGCUGUGAAAUUGAAGAAGUUCAGCUUGUUGUAGAGGAAAUGAAUAUCAUGACAACAGUCUUUCUUCGUUAUGAUAACCUGAAGAUCUAUUAUCCAAACAGUGUGCUGGCCACCAAACCGAUUAUGAAUUUCUACAGGAGUCCAGAUAUGGGAGAAGGAAUUGAUUUCUCUAUUCAUGUUGCCACACCGGUUGAAAAACUGGCCCUGAUGAAGGAAAGAAUACUACGAUACAUCGACAACAAGAAGGAGCAUUGGUACCCGGGCGCGAUGGUUGUCCUCCGAGAUGUAGAUGACACCAACAAGCUGAAAGUAUCCAUAUGGCUCCGGCACACACUCAACUUCCAGGACAUGGGGAUGAGGUUCGUGAGGAGGGAGCUGGUGCUGCAAGAGAUGAUCAAAGUCUUGAAGGAUCUUGACAUCGAGUACCGGAUGUUGCCGCUUGACGUGAACGUCCGGAACGCGCCACCUCUUCAAUCGACAAGGAUGCCAACAACGUGGAAUUAUUCCUGAAGCAGCAAACAUGCGGGCCAUCCUGUUAUGGUACCACAGUUGCAUUUCCUAUUUCCAGUGGGGAGAACUGCGAGAGCCUUGUAGCAAUUAGCAGCAGCAAGGAGAUAGAGAGAGAGAUAACGUGCCCGCGGCGAUCAGUUUCUGCGGUCUGUAACUAGUGUGUCUUGGUACAUUUGGUGAUAGGAAUACAUAUGGUGGCCAUUCAAAAUGGUGCAAGCAGUGAGUUUUGUAGGCAAGCCUGCGGCUGCCCUGAAAUCUUUUUGUUGAAGGCACGCUGCUUCUCCCAGUGCUGAAACUUCUGUUCUGAUGAUGAAACGAGGCCGCAGGUUCACUCUUG